ACUACUUUUAUAAGACGGGUUAUCCGCGACAACUAAUCCGUUAUUCUGCAACACGCCAUGUUCAAUGAUCGUGACUGAUUUUUUUCAUUGUUUUUAUAUGACAGUAAAUCAAGACACAGGUAUACAAAGUGGAAAUGGGCCUCCUGGAGCAGUGCGAGAAGUUGUUCAAGACGUCCAACCUGUACGAGGUGCUGGGCGUUGUGAAAGAGGCGUCGGAUGCUGAGGUUCGCCGCGCCUAUUACAAAGUAUCUCUGCAGGUGCACCCCGACAGAGCUCCCGAUGACCGGCGCGCCACCGAGAAGUUCCAGGCUCUGGGUAAGGUGUACGCCGUUCUGAGUGACAAAGAGCAGCGUGCGGUGUACGACGAGCAGGGCAUUUUGGACGAAGAGUCCGUUUCUGUGGACCAGGACCGUAACUGGGAGGAGUACUGGAGACUGUUAUUCCCCAAGAUCACGGUGGAGGACAUACUGAAUUUUGAAAAGAAGUACAAGGGCACAGAGGAGGAGCAGCACGACGUGUGCAGGCUGUACGUGCAGUUUGAGGGCGACAUGGACCAGAUCAUGGGCUCCGCGCUCUGCUGCACCCACGAGGACGAGCCGCGCAUCGCCACCAUCAUCCAGGGUGCCAUCGACGCCGGCGACGUGCCCACCUUCCGCACCUUCACCCACGAGAGCGACAAGAAAAAGAAGUCCCGCAAGCGAAGGGCUGAUAAGGAGCAGAAGGAGGCGGAGGAGAUGCAGAAGGAGAUGGGGGUGAACUCCGAGGACAGCCUGGUCGCGAUGCUGAAGCAAAGGCAGAAGUCCAGAGAACAGGGGUUCGACUCCUUCCUCUCCGAUUUGGAAGCGAAAUACUCCAAGAAGGGAGGGAAAGCCAGUGCCGGCAAGAAGGGGAAGAAGUGAUUUCCGGAUGUGUACAAGGACCGGGGCUCGUGCAUGUAGGAACUUGUUGAGUGGGAGGGACUGAUUGAAGAGAGGGCAAUGUAUCAGUCCCGAAAUUUAUUCAGGAGUGUUUGAAGGCUGCUGGCUGUUGGCUUCUGUGUUUGUGUGUGUGUGUGUGUGUGUGUGUGUACUGUGAUGGGAGUAAAAGUAUGCUGUACCCCUUCUAUCAUGCUCUAUGUCGGCUGUUCACCAUUCAGGUAGAGAUAACUGAAAAGUCUUGUAUAAACGGCUAAGAAAAAACAAAGUUUAUAGUUAGUGUCCAGUGGCAGCAAACACUCUGCUGUUCGACCUUAAGGAGCAUGCAGUGGGACAGGUCACUUUGAUAGGAGAUAAUCUUGUAACGUUAGCAGCUUGGGAUAGUGUUGCACCCGCAAGAUUUAACCCAUUUGUCCAAUCCCUAUUUUUUUGUACUUAAUGCGUUUUAUUUCUGUCAUACAUUCAAGACUCUAAGUUAGAAAUGUUUGAAGGAAAAUAAAGUUGAGUCUCACUCA